CAAGGGCGGCCCGUAACCCGGAAGUGGAAAAGGACAGCUCUCUUUGAGAAAGUGGGGCGAUCGUACCCCGGAAGUGGAGCCUCUCUGAGCAAGGGGAGGGGAGAGGCGGCGGAGAGGAGAGACCUGAGGCACGAUGGCCGCCGCCUGCUCGCUGUGAGCCCCCCCGUGACUCGCCUCAGCCCUCCUCUCCGCCAUGGAUCUGGCAGACCUCAGCUAAGGACCCCCUUCCUCCUGACACAUCAGCCGGCCUCCGCUUGCCCCUCUCGGGCUGCGACCUUUCCCUCCCCUCCAGCCGGAAAGAAAAGGCUUUUUUGGCGCUCCUUUUCCUCCAGGCCUGCUUGCUCUAGAGGAGGCGCCCAUUGCUGCCUGGAAGGACUUCUCUUUCCUCCUCCUUCGGCCCAGCUGAUGAUAAACGAGCGACGACCGGUCGGCGAAGCUUGAGGUGAGUGGCAGAGCUCAUCCGACAUCAGCGGCGAAUCCGUCUGGCUCCCCGUCUCUCUUUGGUGCGGUUUCCCAUCCAGCGUCUCUGAUGCCAGAACAAGGCCCCAGAAUGAACGGUUUCUCUCUGGGUGAGCUAUGUUGGCUCUUCUGCUGCCCGCCGUGCCCCAGCCGCAUAGCUGCCAAGCUGGCUUUUCUUCCCCCAGAGCCCACGUACACUGUGAUGCAACCAGAACAGCAAGAAGCUGGGACGGCUGCUGCUGGGACACCUACGGGGAGCUGCAGCCUGCACUUGACUGAGCGGGCAGACUGGCAAUAUUCCCAAAGGGAGCUGGACGCCGUGGAGGUCUUCUUCUCACGCACAUCCCGGGAUAACAGACUGGGAUGCAUGUUUGUGCGCUGCGCUCCUUCCAGCCGGUAUACACUGCUUUUCUCCCAUGGCAAUGCCGUGGAUCUGGGCCAGAUGUGUAGCUUCUACAUUGGUUUAGGUUCUCGUAUCAACUGCAAUGUCUUCUCCUACGAUUACUCUGGUUACGGAGUGAGCACUGGGAAACCGUCUGAAAAGAACCUUUACGCGGACAUUGAUGCGGCUUGGCAGGCUCUUCGAACGAGAUACGGCGUCAGUCCCGAGAAUAUAAUUCUGUACGGACAAAGUAUCGGGACGGUUCCCACUGUGGACUUGGCAUCCCGCUACGAGUGUGCAGCUGUGAUCCUUCAUUCACCAUUGAUGUCUGGCUUACGGGUAGCUUUUCCGGACACGAGGAAAACAUACUGCUUUGAUGCUUUCCCCAGCAUUGACAAGAUUUCUAAAGUAACCUCUCCUGUGCUGGUGAUACACGGCACCGAAGAUGAAGUAAUAGAUUUCUCGCAUGGCCUGGCGAUGUACGAGCGAUGUCCCCGGGCGGUGGAACCGCUCUGGGUGGAAGGAGCUGGCCACAACGACAUAGAGCUUUACGCACAGUACCUAGAGCGGCUAAAACAGUUCAUAUCUCAUGAACUCCCCAACUCCUGAAGAAUCCUACUUGAUCUUUCUUUUCUUCCUUUUCUUUUCUCUUUUUUUUAAUUUACCUCAGUUAACUGUGAAUGGAAGAACUUAACCUGUUUUUUGCACAUACAUUAACUGGAUUAACUGUAGUAGCUUUAUACUAUGAAGAAAAUGCCCUUAUCAUGAGGGCGAAUCCAAUCAAGUCUGACUUCUUUUAUAACAGGAAACUAUUCUAACAGUCAUGACUGGAAUCCCUGAUUUUUAAAAUCUUCCUUAUCCCAGAGGAGUUGGAUUUGUGAAGGGGAAACUAAUGGAAUAGGAGAAUACUAAAUUCUAGUCAGUUCACAUGAUUCUUCUCCCCCCCCCCCCCCGCCGCUUCAAGUCACUUAAUUCCUGUUACUUUUUUCCUUUAAAAUCUUCCCUCUCUUUGGAAAGUGAACAGUCUGGGGCUACAGUCGAAGAACGUUCUUCAUGCAAAGUUUUGGGCUGUGCUAUUGUAACUGGAAAGAGUUUUUUUUUUCUUUUUUUGUGGUGAUGUUUUCUCGUGGGUUUUUUUUUUUAAAAAAAAGCUAUCUUACUGACCUUCCUAAGUAAGUUAUGAUUAACUGACUUCCUAAAUGGGUUUGGUUCUGAAACAAGUCUUUCAUCAGGUUUCUGGAUAUUUACAAACUGAAAUGUUCUUUUUUUUAAAAAAAUAACUAAAAUGGCUAAUUCCUUUAAUUCUUUAUACGUAAAAAAAUAAAUGUGUAAAUUUGCUAAAUCUGUUAUUCAGAUAAUAUUUGCAGUCUGGAUAACCGCCAUCUUAGGCAAAUCCUUGUGUAAAGCAUUCCUUAUAGAGGUUUUUAAAAGUAUUGUAUAUAAAUAAAUUUACAUUACGCAUAACUCUUGAUUGAUAGUUUAAAUUUCAGUCUAGUUACCAAUAAAUUCUGGUUUGUAUAUGAUUGAAUACAUUUUGUUACAAUGAGUUUUUAUUUCCUGCAUUAUUUUGCUAUUAAAGAUUUUAUAAGGUUUCCAGGACAAUUUAAAAAAUUUACACAUUUGUUUUUGAUGAAUUUAUGUAAAACUGUCAUUGAAACUGAUCCUGUCGGGGGAGGUUUUUUUUUGGUUUGGGGAAAUUUUAUUCUGACACUGGAAUCGCACAGAAUAUGCAAGAUACUUAAAAUCAUUACGCUAAGGGGCCGCAAGAUUUUCCCCACCAAAUCUGACGGUCUUAAAUGUACUGUACACCUCUGAUUGUUGUAAAAAGAUGGAUCGCGAUUGAUUAUGGUUUGUGUAUCUAUUGGCAGAAUGCAGCAGUGGUUGUAAUGGAAUAAAGGAUGCAUGGAACAGAA